GUCUCUGUCUCUCUCUAAUCUUUCACUUCUGAGUUGAUCAAACAGAGAGUAUGAUCAGUGAAUAUGGAGAGCUAUCUAACACUCAUUUUUUUGUCUUCUGUGAUCAGACUCACCACAGCUGGAAACGUGAGGCUGGUGGGUGGUAAUAAUUCCUGUGCUGGUCGAGUAGAGGUUUAUUAUAAUGGAGAAUGGGGAACUGUGUGUGAUGAUUAUUGGGAUUUGACAAACACUGCAGUGGUGUGUAGAGAGAUCGGCUGUGAUUAUACUUCAAAUACAAUGCGUGUUGCUCACUUUGGACCAGGAGCAGGAAAAAUCUUGAAGGAUAAUGUGGUAUGUAGUGGAUCAGAGUCCUCAAUUCUCAACUGCAAUAGUGCCAGUGACAUUGACUGUGGGCACAGUGAAGAUGUUGGAGUUAUCUGUUCAGGCAUCAGGCUGGUUGGAGGUUCACGCUGUUCUGGACGACUAGAGGUGCCUCAUGGGAACACAUGGUACACAGUGUGUGCUGCUGCCUUUGACCAGCAGGAUGCAGAGGUUGUGUGUAGAGAGCUGGACUGUGGGGCUCCUGUACAGGUGCUGGGAGAAGAUGCUUUUGGAAAAGGAGACGCUCAGAUGUGGACUCAAGAGAUUCAGUGUGGGGGAGACGAGUAUCAGUUUGCUCUCUGUCCAAUGUCACCUUCACACAAUUGUUCCCAUGACAAAGAUGCGAGCGUUAUAUGUGCUGAAACAGUGAGAUUAGUAGGUGGUCCCAGUCCCUGUGCUGGUAGAGUGGAGGUUCUUCAUGAUGGUCAGUGGGGAACAGUGUGUGAUGAUGACUGGGAUAUACAUGAUGCUGCAGUGGUGUGUAGAGAGCUGGGCUGUGGAGAAGCUUUAAGUGCACCAAAGGGUGCUCACUUUGGAGAAGGAUCAGGAUACAUCUGGAUUUCUAAUUUACUGUGUACUGGAUCAGAGUUUACAUUGAUGAACUGUAGAUUCAAUGGAUGGGGAAUAAUAGCUAAUCAUACUGAAGAUGCUGGAGUCAUCUGCUCUGGAGUCAGGCUGGUUGGAGGUUCCCGCUGUUCUGGCAGAGUAGAAGUGCCUCAUGAUCGGUCAUGGGUUUCAGUGUGUGCUGCUGCCUUUGACCAGCAGGAUGCAGAGGUUGUGUGUAGAGAGCUGGACUGUGGGGCUCCUGUACAGGUGCUGGGAGAAGAUGCUUUUGGCAAAGGAGACGCUCAGAUGUGGACACAAGAGAUUCAGUGCAGAGGAAAUGAGUCUUAUAUAUCUUUGUGUUCAGCAUCACCUCUCAAAUACAACUGUACACAUGAGAAUGACAUUGGACUGUUAUGUUCUGGUUACACUGACCUCAGACUGGUCAAUGGUCCUGACAUAUGUUCUGGUCGAGUUGAGCGUCAGUACUUCAGUGAAUGGGGCACAGUGUGUGAUGCAUGCUGGGAUAUGAGAGCUGCCAGUGUCCUCUGUAGACAGCUGAAUUGUGGGAUUGCUGUGUCUGUUGUGGGAUCAGACUGGUUUGGAGAGGGAAGUGGUGAAAUCUGGGCUGAUGUGUUUGAUUGUGACGGGAAAGAAACAAAACUCUCAGAAUGUUCCAUCUCUUCAUGGAGUCGAGCUGAAUGUUCUCAUAGACGAGAUGUUGGAGUCAUCUGCUCUAAUUCCUCUGUGGCUGUUCAUGAUGGUCUGGUGCGGUUGUCUGGAGAGAGACAGUGUGAGGGGGAGGUGGAAGUUUCCAUCCAUCAGGUCUGGAGGAGAGUUCUGCUGGACUCCUGGAGUCUCACUGAAUCCUCUGUGGUCUGCAGACAGCUGGGCUGUGGCUCUGUGCUGAACUUCUCUGGCUCCUCUUCAUCCAGUCCUGAACACAGUCAUGAGUGUGUGACGGGCUUCCAGUGCUCUGGGAGUGAAGCUCAUCUGGGGAACUGCAGCUCUCCACAAACUCUCAACUGCAGCUCCACACAACAGCUGUCAAUCACCUGCCUUGGUCGCGGGUCCAUCAGGCUGGUGGGUUCUGGGGGAGACUGUGCAGGGAGGCUGGAGGUUUUUCACAGCGGCUCAUGGGGGACAGUGUGUGAUGACUCCUGGGAUAUUAAAGAUGCCCAUGUGGUGUGCAGACAGCUGCAGUGUGGAGUGGCCCUCAGUAACCAGCAGGUACCAGCCUGGUUUGGUCCUGGUUCUGGACCCAUAUGGCUGGAUGAGGUGGAGUGUGAGGGGAAUGAGACGUCCCUGUGGAGCUGCUCUUAUCCAGGCUGGGGAAAACAUGACUGUCAACACAAGGAGGAUGUAGGAGUCGUGUGUUCAGAGUUUAAAGAGAUCAGGUUAACUGAGGGCUGUGAAGGGAAUGUGGAGGUUUUCUACAAUGGAUCCUGGGGAAAUUUAUGUUACAAUAAGAUGGACAGAGACACAGCGAGUCUGAUCUGUCAAGAGCUGAACUGUGGAAGAUCUGGCAGUGAACCCAAUUAUUCAGAGGGACUGAAGUCUCAUAACUGGCUUGAUAAACUUAAUUGUCGAAGUCAUGAUUUCACUCUAUGGCAGUGUCCAUCUUCAGCCUGGGGACUGAAUGACUGUGAUAAUGAAGUGGUCAAUAUCACCUGCUCUGAGGAACAGACUCGUGAAUCUCCUCAGAGUCUUCUGACGUGUUCAAACUCAUCAUCUCCUCACCAGAGACAGUGUUCAAAUCAUGUUCCUCUCAGACUGAGUGGAGGGGAGGGCCGGUGCUCUGGGAGGCUGGAGGUGUAUCAUAACGCUGUGUGGGGCUCAGUCUGUGAUGAUCUGUGGGACAUCAGCGAUGCUCAGGUGGUCUGCAGACAGCUGGGUUGUGGAGCAGCACUGAGGGCUGAUGGGAAUUCAGUCUUUGGUGCUGGUGAAGGUGUUGUGUGGCUGAACAGAGUCGAGUGCAGAGGGAAUGAGAUUCACCUGUGGGACUGUCCUCUCUCCCUGAAGAACCACACUGACUGCUCCAACAAAGAUCACGCUGGACUCACCUGUGCAGAUUUGUCAGUGUCCACUACUCCUGCCACAUCAACAUCAUCUUCUCCUGCAGUUUCUCAGACAGUGAGCUCAACAUCAAAAUCAGUCAUUCGUCCUCAAACUCGUCCAGCAGCGUCUCUCUCUGUGCUUGUGAUUGUACUGGGAGUUGUGCUCUUACUGCUCUUAGUGCCACUGCUUAUACUGAUUCAGCAGAACAGAGUGAUGAGGAGAGCUCUCUCUAAGAGGAGACACAGGAGCGCGACUGAGGGCGUUUAUGAGGAGAUUCAUCACAGACACAAUCACUUCACUCAGAGGGGGAGUCUCAUCUCUGAAGAACUGCAUUCUGGGUAUGAAGAUGCUGAUGAGCUUCUCUCAGAAAAAGAGUUCAAAAAUGCAUAUUAUGAUGAUGUCACCAACAGCAGUGGCAUGAAAGAAGAGAUGAAGGAAAUCACACCGGGAGAAUAUGAUGAUGUCAUCACUGAUGGACUGAAACCAGAUCGUGAGACAGAAAACACACCUGAAAGCUAUGAUGAUAUCAUCACCAGUGGACAGUACUCUGAUAUUAAAAAAGUGGAGGCACCAGAGAGUUAUGAUGAUGUCAUCAUUAUUGGACAGAGCUCUCAAGAGGUAACAGAAGGAGUUCAGGAGGAGUAUGAUGAUGUGACGAGUGUCACUGAAGAUAUGAGAAACCUGUCAGAUUAUGAUGAUGUGGGGGAGGAAAGGAGAAACUUUAGUACCGAAUUUAUUAGUCUUUUAUGCAAACAAAGGGGGAUGGAGAGCUGUCUGACACUUAUUUUACUGUCUUCAGUGGUUACUCUUAUUACAGCUUAUCAAUAUGUGAGGCUUGUGAAUGGUGACAGUCGCUGUGCUGGUCGAGUGGAGGUUCUACAUGAUGGUCAGUGGGGAACAGUGUGUGAUAAUAGAUGGGAUAUGACUGAUGCUGCAGUGGUGUGUAGAGAGAUGAACUGUGGGGAGGCUUUACAAGGAUAUUCUUACUUUGGACGAGGAUCAGGAAAAAUCUGGAUGGAUGAAGUGCAGUGUAGAGGAUCAGAGUCAACACUGAAGGACUGUAGAUCAAGAGGAUGGGGUGUUCAUAACAGCUAUUGUGGCGAUCAUAACUCUGAUGCUGGAGUCAGAUGCUCACAAACCAUAAACUAUGGACAAUUUACAAGACUUGCUGAUGGAACUCACCUGUGCUCUGGGAGAUUAGAGGUUCUUCAGGGGAACACAUGGAUGUCAGUGUGUGCUGCUGCCUUUGACCAGCAGGAUGCAGAGGUUGUGUGUCGAGAGCUGGACUGUGGGGCUCCUGUACAGGUGCUGGGAGAAGAUGCUUUUGGAAAAGGAGGCGCUCAGAUGUGGACACAAGAGAUUCAGUGCAGAGGAAAUGAAUCACUCAUUCGAUUGUGUCCAACUUCACAAGACAUUCUGUGUUCUCAAAAAAACAAUGUGGGACUGAUAUGUUCUGGUUACACUGACCUCAGACUGGUCAAUGGUCCUGACAUCUGUUCUGGUCGAGUUGAGCGUCAGUACUUCAGUAAAUGGGGCACAGUGUGUGAUGCAUGCUGGGAUAUGAGAGCUGCCAAUGUCCUCUGUAGACAGCUGAAUUGUGGGAUUGCUGUGUCUGUUGUGGGAUCAGACUGGUUUGGAGAGGGAAGUGGUGAAAUCUGGGCUGAUGUGUUUGAUUGUGACGGGAAUGAAUCAAAACUCUCAGAAUGUUCCAUCUCUUCAUGGAGUCGAGCUGAAUGUUCUCAUAGACGAGAUGUUGGAGUCAUCUGCUCUAAUUCCUCUCUGGCUGUUCAUGAUGGUCUGGUGCAGUUGUCUGGAGAGAGACAGUGUGAGGGGGAGGUGGAAGUUUCCAUCCAUCAGGUCUGGAGGAGAGUUCUGCUGGACUCCUGGAGUCUCACUGAAUCCUCUGUGGUCUGCAGACAGCUGGGCUGUGGCUCUGUGCUGAACUUCUCCGGCUCCUCUUCAUCCAGUCCUGAACACAGUCAUGAGUGUGUGACGGGCUUCCAGUGCUCUGGGAGUGAAGCUCAUCUGGGGAACUGCAGCUCUCCACGAACUCUCAGUUGCAGCUCCACACAACAGCUGUCAAUCACCUGCCUUGGUCGCGGGUCAAUCAGGCUGGUGGGUUCUGGGGGAGACUGUGCAGGGAGGCUGGAGGUUUUUCACAGCGGCUCAUGGGGGACAGUGUGUGAUGACUCCUGGGAUAUUAAAGAUGCCCAUGUGGUGUGCAGACAGCUGCAGUGUGGAGUGGCUCUCAGUAACCAACAGGUAUCAGCCUGGUUUGGUCCUGGUUCUGGACCCAUAUGGCUGGAUGAGGUGGAGUGUCAGGGGAAUGAGACAUCACUGUGGAGCUGCUCUUAUCCAGGCUGGGCAAAACAUGACUGUCAACACAAGGAGGAUGUAGGAGUCGUGUGCUCAGAGUUUAAAGAGAUCAGGUUAACUGAGGGCUGUGAAGGGAAUGUGGAGGUUUUCUACAAUGGAUCCUGGGGAAAUGUGUGUUACAAUAAGAUGGACAGAGACACAGCGAGUCUGAUCUGUCAAGAGCUGAACUGUGGAAGAUCUGCCAGUGAACCCAGUAAUUCAGAUGGACUGAAGUCUCAUAAUUGGCUUGAUAAACUUAAUUGUCGACGUCAUGAUUCCACUCUAUGGCAGUGUCCAUCUUCACCCUGGGGACUGAAUGACUGUGAUAAUGAAGAUGAAGUGGCCAAAAUCACCUGCUCAAUGGAGGAAAGUCGUGAAUCUCCGCAGAGUCAUCUGACAUGUUCUACCUCACCAUCUCCUCACCAGAGACAGUGUUCAAAUCAUGUUCCUCUCAGACUGAGUGGAGGGGAGGGCCGGUGCUCUGGGAGGCUGGAGGUGUAUCAUAACGCUGUGUGGGGCUCAGUCUGUGAUGAUCUGUGGGACAUCAGCGAUGCUCAGGUGGUCUGCAGACAGCUGGGUUGUGGAGCAGCACUGAGGGCUGAUGGGAAUUCAUCUGAUGGGAAUUCAGUCUUUGGUGCUGGUGAAGGUGUUGUGUGGCUGAACAGAGUCGAGUGCAGAGGGAAUGAGAUUCACCUGUGGGACUGUCCUCUCUCCCUGAAGAACCACACUGACUGCUCCAACAAACAUCCUGCUGGACUCACCUGUGCAGAUUUGUCAGACUGGUCAGUGUUCACUACUCCUGCCAGAACAACAUCAUCUUCUCUUCCAGUUUCUCAGACAGUGAGCUCAACAUCAGUCUCUCGUCCACAAACUCCUUCAGCAGCGUCUCUCUCUGUGCUUGUGAUUGUACUGGGUGUUGUGCUCUUACUGCUCUUAGUGUCACUGCGUAUACUGAUUCAGCUGAAAAGAGUAGUAAGGAGAGGUAGGAGAGAUCCAGAGAUGUAAAAUGGACUGUUUCAAAGUGGAAAAGUGUUCUAUGGUCAGACGAGUCCAAAUUUGACAUUCUUGUUGGAAAUCACGGACACCUCCGGGCUAAAGAGGAGGGAGACCUUCCAGCGUGUUAUC